AGUUCAUUUACGAACGUUGCCUUGAUCGGUUGCCCGGUUUUGGUGGAAAGUGAAUUUUUUAUCUCUCCUAAAUGGGAUCCGUUGGUGGUUUGGCAGAAGUGCAAAUCAGGCACGCGUGAAGAAUAUUCUACUUUUUCUGGAUCGAUUCUUGAUGGUGCUUCGCCAAAAUCAUGGCGCUGUUGUGGUUUUUGGUUCCAUUCGCGUUCAGUGUCCUGCCAUCGGGGGUAGAAUGUUUCCUACAAAGUAGUGGUAAUCUAACGUGGGGCAAUUAUGUAGACUUUUCACGUUUCUGGGGUAUUUUUUAUGGAGAACCGAAGCUGCGUAGAAGCUAUGACUACAUUAUUGUUGGAGCUGGUCCUGCUGGAUGUGUGCUGGCAAAUCGUUUGACAGAGAAUCCAAAAGUGACAGUGUUGUUGUUGGAAGCUGGAAAAGGAGAACUUCCCUUGUUUACGGAUAUUCCACUGAAUGCGCCGUACCUUCAAUCGACGGAUUACAAUUUUGCAUACGAAAGUGAAGUUCAAUCGAUAGGUUGCCAGGGGUUGCGUGACAAAAAAUGCAGCUGGCCACAUGGUCGAGGUGUGGGAGGAUCUUCCAUCAUCAAUUAUAUGAUCUACACCAGAGGAAACCGCAGGGAUUACGACAGUUGGGCUGCCGCAGGGAAUCCCGGCUGGAGCUGGGAGGAAAUUCUUCCUUACCACAUAAAAGCCGAACGGGCCAACAUCAGAGAUUUCGAUCGCAAUGGGUUUCACGGAAAAAAUGGACCACUGUCGGUUGAGGACUGCCCAUUCAGAUCAAAAGUGGCGCAUGCAUUCAUAAGGAGCGCUCAGGAGGUGGGAUAUCGCUACCUGGAUUACAAUGCCGGUGAACAUAUCGGGGUAUCGUACCUGCAGGCGAAUACCGAACGUGGUUUGAGGGUUACGGGGGGGACCUCGUACCUUUCCCUGCCGGUGGCCAAUCGAAAGAAUUUACACAUCCUGACCAAGGCUUGGGUCACCAGACUUAUCAUUGACCCAGAUACCAAAGAAGCCAAGGGCGUGAAGUAUACUCGCAACAAAAAGUACUACUCGGCAAAAGCUUCUAGGGAAGUAAUCCUGUCGGCUGGAAGCUUUGAAAGUGCCAAAUUGCUUAUGCUGUCGGGGAUUGGACCUGCAUAUCAUCUUGAAAGUUUAGGAAUUCCCGUUUUGAAGGAUUUACCAGUUGGAGAGAUACUUUAUGAGCAUCCAGGAGUAUUGGGGCCAGUUCACCUCAUACACAAACCUAUUGAUAGUUACAUUCAGUUAGAUGACAACUUGAACUUCCGAAACAUCAUAGAUUUGAUAAAUGGCAGAGGGUUGUUCACGACCAACUCAGUGGAAAGUCUGAUGUACAUUAAAACUCCGGUGGCAGAAAGUCCAGACCCAGGCCUGCCAGAUGUCGAAAUUAUGCAGGCUUUCACAACGAUUGAUUUCGAUUCUAGUCCCGGAACGGCGUUAGCCUUCCGAUUAACCAAUGAAACAUACGACGGUUAUUUUAGACCCAUCAGAAACAUACGUUCAUUCUUAUACCUUCCGAUGUUGCUGAAGCCUCGCACAAAAGGCAAAGUGCGGUUGCGUUCCCGAAAUCCCUUCAACCAUCCCCGCUUUGAGUAUCAAUACUUUGAAGACAGCCGUGAUUUGGAAGCCCUAGUGUAUGGAAUUCAGGAGGCAAUUCGAGUUACUUCACAACGACCCUUCAAGGAACUAGGCGUGGAACUAUACAGUCGACCUCUUCCGGGCUGCGAGCAGUACGAGUUUAACAGCCGUGACUACUGGCGCUGCUACGUGCGGACGCUAACCGGAACGUUCCAUCAUCAGGUAUCAACCUGCAAGAUGGGACCUCCUUCGGAUCCGGAAGCGGUCGUCGAUCCACGUUUGCGAGUCUAUGGCGUGGGAAGAUUGCGGGUCGCCGACAUAGGCGUAGUGCCGCUAGCCAUGGCAGCUCACACAGCAGCCGUGAGUUUCGUAAUUGGAGAAAAGGCCGCCGAUUUGAUCAAGGAGGACAUGGCUCGCGCAGCGGAUGGAGUAAUUGUUAAUAAAAUCGGUCCAACGUUCGUCGACACCAGUAGCUUUGGUUUGGAUGAUUUUGCCUAUUCAUAUCCUCAAUUUUACGGAGGAUACCACUUUGAUGUAUCAAACUUCCAGCAAAAUCCUUUCUUCGAAAAUCGAAGGUAUCGAAGAGAUGUUGAUUCUAAUAAGACUUCUGAAGUCCCGGACGAUGUUUCUGGGGACGACAUUUCAAACUACGAAAGUACUCUUAGGGAAAUAAGUGAGAUUCUUAAAAAUGCAUCAAUUACCGAUGAUCACAGUUCAAAACUUUAGAAUAGCUAGCUUUAGAUUUAGAUUUUCCCGAGUUGUUAUGGUGUGCUAGCGAGAUAAGCAAUAAAGAUACGGGUUAAGGAAAUUAAAUAACGUUUAUUUCAAUAAUAACAAUUACUAUAGAUAUACAUAUAAUCUCUUGCUAUAAAAAUAAGUGUUAUCUUUCAGAUAGCGAACCUUAACCUACAAUUUGUAUAAGUUUACAUUUUGUUAGUACUCGAAAGAAAUAAGCCUAGAGGGAAUAAUACUUUCAGUUUUUCAUGAUCAUCGCUUCCAACUCCAAGUAUCAAAAUGAUCCACAGUGUCGUUGGUGGAAGUAAAUGGGAAAAGUUUUCAAAAAUUUCGUAUGACUAACCGAUUAGAACGUAAUUACAGAGUAGGUAUAACAAUAUAAAAGCAUUCGACUGAAGCUGUUAGCUCUCUGUUAAGAUAUUACUAAAUAAAUGUAUUGCAUUGUUUCCCAGCUUGUGAGUGCCAGAUUUACUAGAUUUUUUUUUUGUGCGUAGGGAUUGUUUUUCUGUCUUUGGUUGUUUUCUCGCGUCUCUGUUUGUGCUUUUUCUCGUGUUGAAGUGGUUCGGCGAGUGUUCGUGACGGUGACAACUCACGAAUAGAUUGUCAUUAGAAUCAUCUGUAAAAAAUAAAGGUUGGUAUCGAAUCCAGUUGAUAAACAAAUAGUGCAAAAAUAAAUACUUCUUCCAACGAUAGUGG